AUGCAAAGUAAAUUUAACAAAGUCUCUCUUUGCAAGUGAACAGUUAUUAUUACUCGUUCCUUUGCACACUUUUUAAAUAUCGAAAUAUUCUAGACGCGGCGGGAGCCGGCAAUCCAAUCGAACUUUAUUCCACGUUAUUUCACUGGCUGUUGCCAACGGAAAUAACAGCUUUCACAGAAAGAUAUUCGUUCGGUGAACAACCGGUUCUUACGAUGAUCUCAAACGUGGCCACGAUGCACGCACUGUUGUUCCUGGUUAUCAUCGGUUCGCCGAUAUUCUACGCGAUUUCCGCACAUGUCUCGUCCGAUUAUCGAGAAAGAAUCGUCUCGAAGUCAGCGGGAUUGCCGGUGCCGGCUGAAUCCAGGAUUAUCGGAGGGAAGAGGAUCCGCAUAGAGGAAUAUCCAUUUGCGGAUACUAGUGAAAGCAUUUCACGUGAGAGCAGGCACGUCGCGUUAUUACGAGGGUGGUGACAUUUAUAGUGUCCAAAGUGUCGUGAUACAUCCUGCCUUUAACGCAAUUAAUUACGACUACGACGUUGGUCUCGUUGAGCUCUCGGGCAAAAUAAAAUACGAUAACACGAAGCAACCGAUUCAACUGCCGAAAAUACAUUCGAUGAUCGACGACAACUCGUUAGUUAGUGUUCUCGGUUGGGGUGUGCACCAGUUAUUCGGCCCCGUCUCGAACGAACUUCUAUUCGGCACGAUGCGGAAAAUUAAUAACCAGAACUGCGAAGAAGCCAAUGGCGGUGACUUAUUAACCAACAGGAUGUUUUGCGCCGCAUCGGACACCGCUAGACUCUGCGUCGGUGAUUCUGGCUCGCCUCUCGUUUUUCAGAACAAGUUGUUUGGAGUAGCAUCGUGGAGUCGAUCUUGCGACGGCCGGUAUCCAACCACCUUCACAGCCAUAGCUGAACUAAAAGAUUGGAUCAGCAACGUAACCUCUAUAUCCUGAUUCCUCGCCUAGGAGAGAUUGCAAGGCGAUCCAUGAUGUAUCACAAUUCGCCUGUAACAUUCGCUCUGCAUCAUAGCGCAACUUUCUUUGUAAUGUUUUUCGUAUAGCUUCAAGUUACUGCAGAUCUAGCAGUCGUGAAUUUUUCAGCAGAGAUAAAUGUACUCUGUACAAAAUACGAAUUGUAAGAUGAAAUAUGUAUGUAUUUAUAUGUCAAUAUUAUAUAUAAUACGAUCGUGC